CAGACCCUUCAACUCAAGUCUUGAUAGAGAAAGGUAAUUGUUACUUUCAGUGAAUGUUGUUCAGAAAAAAACCAAACUGAUUUUCAUUUGUAUGCACAUGGUUUCAUUGCAGUCUUGAGACUUUUGUCUUUUAGGUAGGAUUUUGGAAUGAGUAGUGGCUACUCAUUCACAGUCUUGUUCUGUCAGUGUGAGCCUUCAUCUUUUCCACCAUUUGAUGCUUUUCAGUUAAAACUUAGAAUUCUGUUGCUUUGUAAUCCUGACCCAUAAUAGGUAUUGCCUUGUAUCAAGUUGUUGUGUAUCUUUCAUCAAGUUCCAGUUUUUACCAAACCUAUGCUCACUGAGUCACUAAGACUGCAGAUCCUGAAUUGCAGACUUCCUUAACAAAUAGACAUUCCAAGUCUGCUUUCCACAUUGGGGUGAGACUAUUUGGAUAUAAAAUUUAAAUUAAACCUGGAUAAUGUGUGCCCAGUUGAAAACAGCAGUGGCAGACAGCAGCUGUAGCAGGCAACAGCAUAUACUCUUAGUCUCUAAAUGUACAAAGAGACGACAUAUUUACUAAGUCUAGGGGUUUUUUUACUCUCUGUGGUACUGUUGAAAGCAUAACCAUGCUGACAAAGCUAUAGCUGGGUGAUUUACAGUGCCGUACUUCCAUGAGGAGACAUCAAAAGGGGAGUCCACUAGAACCCAAGUACCAGCCAAAUCAGCUGACUGUUAGUAAUACCAGCCUAGGUGGAAAUGGAUGGAGACAAUGUACUAUGAUUGGCAAAGAACAGGAAUCCAAACAAAACAUUAGGUGAAACAAGAGCACCCUGGGAAUAGAGUUGUUUCAAGGAGCCCCUGUUGGCUAACAGAGACAAAGGACAAAUACCAAACAGUUGAAUAAGCUUUAAAUAUUUUAUAGAAAGCUGAAGCACUUAGCCUAAUCCAACGUAGUUAUAUGAGUGUUUUGUGAACUUAAUUACAAAUUUAAAAUGUUUCCAAAUGAGUGGAGUGCUUCUGUUACAAUAGCUUGUCUAGCCCGGCUUCUCACCAGCUGCCUAGACGCUGAAAACAUUUCUCAUCUUGAGGUGUUUGUGAUCUCAAAGGACUCCAGAACUUGCAGAGACUACUUUAAAUCAAUUCAGUAAGUGAAGGCUUCAGUUGUUGCUCUUGCUGUCUCUGGUUAGUUUUUUGUUGGUUGUCUGACUGGUUGGUUUAUUUUUUGCUUUUGUCUCUUGGUGUUAGUCUUAUGACCAUCUUAGCUUAUGUGAAGUGCUGCAAUAGGCUCUGAAGUCAAUACCCAGGCACACUGAUAUCACAGCUUACCAUGGAGUAUUAAAGGCCACACGGAAGUGACAGCUUGCAUUCAGUAACUAUGUGUCUUACAUUAAAGGGCCUGGCCUUGUAGUUAAGUCCAUCACUGAGCUCCCAGGAACCUACCAGACACAUGGGGAUGGGUGCCUUCCCUCAAGGAACGGUCAGCAAAGAAGCGAGCAGCUUGUGGAGUUCAGUACACUUGAAAUUGAGAUGAGGAGCUGGUCUCUACAGCAGUUAUUUGCUUCACAUGUGCCCAGAGACAGGAUAACUUGUGAUUACAGAAAGAAGCUGACGCGAGGGAAGGGGCUCAAGACUGCGUUUGAAUCAUAGGUGUCUAAAAUGAUGGCAGCAUAAGAAAUUGUAAACCCAAAGGCCCCUGAGCCCCAUAAGCCUUUAGUCUACAAUGCCCAGAAUAAUAGUGAAAAAAAGCUGGUCUGGCUUAUUUUCCCAACUAAAUUUACUGUAAGCACCAUAGUUAUUUACAACACGCAGAAAGUGUCAAGAUGAUAGUUAAAGUACUUACUUACUUUAUAGAGGCAACAUAAAUAUUGUUGCAUGUAAAUCUCCCACAAACAGCAGCAGGAGUUUUAAUUCUGGAUGACUGCAGGAUUUGGUAUAAUCUUUGCUAGGUGGUGAUUUUUUCCAUGAAAGAGGAAAAAUUAUAUGAAAGGAGUUGGUAACUUUACAGACCUUUUCUUUUUGUGAUCCCACCUUGAUUUAACAACUCAAAAAUGGUAAAGACAUUUCUAAAAGUUAUGUGCACAGUUCAGCUGUGCCACAAUUCUGCUACUACAUUCACCCAAAAUAUUGUUUCAUGAAAAAGAAAUGCUUCCUACAAAGUCAGCCCCAUAGUAUGCGCUGUAAUGGGGUUUUCCUUGAACACAUCAGACAUCUUGUUUAAGAGCAAAUUUUGUGUUUCAUUUUCCCAUCUUACCCUAUCAAGGUUUAUUGUUUUACAGUUUAUACUUGAUUCUGCAUCUUUUUCCCAUCCAAGUUUUUUAUCGAUGACAAAUUAUGUAGCCUGAGAAACUUGGAGAAGUUCCUCUGUCCCAAGCCGUGUGUUUGAGGCGCUGUACAGAUCAGGCUGUUAGCAAAGCAGUCAUUUCUAAUGGGAAGAAGAGCGGAGCUGAGCAGCUCAGGUUUGAGGGGUUUUCUGUUGAGAGGAGAGAGGUGAACGUGUCUCCCUGCCUGCCCGUGUGACAGCCCCGCGGGGGCGGUGCUCGCAGGCCCUGCGGCCGGUGCCUGGGGCGGGGGCGGCUCGCUCCUGCCUGCCACGGCGCGGGGUCGCUUCCCCUUCGGCGGGGCUGCGGCUCUUAAGGGCGGUGCGGCGGGGCUGGCCCCGGAGUGCCGCCAGCUCUCCGGCCGCACUGCCGUGCUCGGCCCGGGCGGCCUGCAGCGCAGCCGAGGCCGGCAGCCGCGGCAGCGGGGAGCCCUAUGCGGCACGGGCGGCCCUAGGCUGCAAGUCGGCCGCAGCAUGCCGCUCCCUCUGCGCCUAGCGUGGCUGCUGGGGCUUUGCAGCCUCUGCCGCGGGUACUUCGAGGGGCCGCUGUACCCCGAGAUGUCCAACGGGAGCCUGCACCAUUACUUCGUCCCCGAUGGGGACUACGAGGAGAACGACGACCCCGAGCGGUGCCAGCUUCUGUUCCGGGUGAGCGAGCAGCGGCGGUGCGGCACGGCGGCGGCGGGCGGCGGGCUCAGCUUGCGCGAGGAGCUGACGGUGCUGGGGCGGCAGGUGGAGGACGCGGGCCGGGUGCUGGAGGGCAUCGGCAGGAGCAUCUCUUACGACCUGGACGGGGAGGAGAGCUACGGUGCCUACCUGCGCCGCGAGUCCGCCCAGAUCAGCGACGCCUACUCCAGCUCGGACCGCUCGCUGAGCGAGCUGGAGGGCAAAUUCCGGCAGGGCCAGGAGCAGGGCGGCCGGGAGGAGUCCCGCCUGGGGGACAGCUUCCUGGGGCUGCUGCUGCAUGCCCGCGCCCUGCUCCGCGAGACCCGCCACGUCUCCAGCGGGCUGCGCGACAAGUACGACCUGCUGGCCCUGACGGUGCGCAGCCACGGCGCCCGCCUCAGCCGCCUCAAGAACGACUAUCUCCGCGCCUGAGCCCGCAGCGGCCGAGCCCGGACCCCCGUCGGCUUCUGGAGACACCCCCAGCCCUACCGCCGGUUCCCCCGGAAGGCACAGCCCUGGCGUCCGCCUGGAAGGAAAGAAACCUCCUUGGACAAACCCUAGAAUUAUGAAGCUCAGAAAAGACCUCCGAGAUCAUCAAGUCCAACCUUUGAUUGAAUACCACCACGCCCACUAAAUCAUAAUGAGAAGUGCCACAUUUGCUCAUUUUUGAACGCCUCCAGGGAUAGUAACUCAACCAAAAUACAUUCUUCUUCAUGGAAAAAACCUUAUUUAUUUUACCUUUUAAACAAAUAGCACAAUUGUAUAAACCAGGAGGUUUUAGGUAUGUUUAAGUUAAUAUCCCAUAUUAAAAAGCUAUCCCCUGUUAUUUCAUUCAUCUUUGGUUGCAAAGUGAAGUAAGCUUUCUCCUGUCUGACUCCCUGUUGUUUGUUUUUGUAUCACCUGCUCUGCUGUGGCUCACCUGCCCUAAGUGUAGCUGAAGUGAGGUGCUGGCCAGCUCCUUCCAGACUUCUGUGUAGCAAAUUGCUUUUGUUGUUAGUCCUUCAGGGUGACAUCUCUGGCCCUCUCUUAACUUCCUUUCUAAUGAUAUGUAUUAUAUGCUCCCUAAAUGUUGUUCCACUACAUAAAGCUGUGAUUUUCAUUUGUGUUCGGAAAGAUGGGAACUAUUCUGGCAGGACUUGUACUUCCAGGCUUAUCUGUGACUCUAAGCUAUCAUAACCCUAAGAAGCAGCCAAAAAGGCUUAUGUCAGAUCCUGAGAAUGCUGGUAGAGAUUUUUAUAGCAAAAAGAAUGAGCCCUAGCACUGAUUAGAGUUUUGGAUCCCAGAUUUGAGAGCCAGGAGCGUGUUUCUAAAGCAGACGAAAAGGUUUUGUCUGUGCAAGCACAUUGACUUUUCUUGUUGGUGACUUUGUACUUUUGCUAGCUAAGUUAUUAAUAUAAUUUUUUGGUCCAAGACAAUAGCAAAUGUGCCUGGUGGGAAGGAGGGUGGGGUUUUUAGACUCUGUCUGUUUAACUGACAAUUUUGGGUAAUGUGGCUAUUAGGUUACAGAUACUGCAGGCAGAAUACCUGUUGGGAUGAAAAGAGUUUAUAGGUUGUUGUAAUAAAUAUUUGAAAACAAUGUUAAAAUACCUUUUUGUUAUUAGCUUCCAAGAUGCUCUUGAUUUUGAAACAUUCUGUUGAAAUAUGCCUUUUCAGCAAAACAUUGAAAGUUUGUAGCUCCUGCCAAGUGAAAUAACUUGCUUUUUUUAGGAAAAACAAAUAAAAAUUUACAGACUCAUGAGGUAAUCAAGUUUCAUUAAAAGCAACAAUACAAAAGGGCUUGUGGGGCAGACUUUUUUUAGUUUUUAAGCCUUUUUAAGCACCCAUGGAGGAGAAGCUGAUGUACUUCUGAGGUCUGUUCUUGUUAACCCUGCUCCCAUUUAGUUAUACUUCAGUCUGCCAGCCGUUCAGUGGGUACGUUACUCAGCAGUGCAGUGGAUCAACAUAAGUCAGCUUGGACUAGAGGGCUGAAGUCAUCUGGAAAGUCUCAUGAAGGUAGUUGCUUACAGAACCAGACAGCUCAUUUUGCUAAAGGCAGUGACAUGUAGCCUACUGGCAAGAUACUUUAGAUGUCAUUUUGCAUUUUUAAGUCCUCAAUAUCUUUAAAGAUCUGCUGGGGGAAAAAAAGAAAAAAAGAAAACAUUUUAUUGGUUGACUCUGGUGGAACCACACAGUGUUAUUUUUCUGUUCUCAAGUUAAAAUCUAUAUGACAAGUUCUAGCUCUUAAAAAUUAAUUUAUUUGUGAUACUUUCCUUGCCACUAGAGACAGAUGGCACAACAGAAGAGUGAGCUGACUCACUGAGUCUUGUGUGCUCACUAUCUUAGCAAAACAUAAUAGCAUUUCUGGGCUGGACCAAGCUCCAGAAGUGCCUGAGACCAGUCUCCCCCAAAGAUGUCAUGCAGUUCCAUUUGUGCCCAGAGGCUUCUUAAAGGAAGUUUAAGUCUGCUUUCCCCACUUUGAGUCAUUUGUUAUAGCAUGAAGUAAAUCAGUGUUUGUUAUAGCAUCAGUAAAUUAACAAAAAUGGCAUGACCAUGCUAUUUUUAGGCAUAUGAGAGCAGUAUUCAAAUCCUAAUAAAAAGCAGUAGUAGCAUAAAACACAGGUUCUUGAAUAUCCUUUAAGCAGCUUGACUAUUCAAUUUGCAGUAGCAAAUGUUUGGUCAAGGUGAAACUUCCAAUGCAUGCCGCAUACCAGAAGAGUAAAUAUUUGCAGAAUGCUUACUUUUCAAAGUAGGAGAUGUGUGGGUAUUUACAGUAUAAUACAGAAUGAGUAUAACUCAUUCUGUAUUAUGUAUUAUAACUCAUAUACAGAAUAAGUAUAACUCAUUCCACUCAAUGCCCUAUAAAUUGUCCUCUAAUGAAACAAGACUGUGGUACUUUACAGUCCACACUAGUGUUUCAUAUAAUAUAUGAAUUCUUGACACUUCUUUAUGUUUCAGUAAAAUAUAAACAUUUUUCUAUUUUAAAUAUGGCAGAACUCUGAUUUUGUUUCAGUAGCAUUGAUUUUGGAAGGCUUUAAAUGGUCCUUUCUAGGAGAAAAUUAAGAUCUCUGAGUCUGGUCUAUGUAUAAGUUCACAGAUUUAAUACAAAUGGUCAAUCUUAUGUGGAUUUGAUGAAGCCAAUACAAAAAUCUUUUAGGAAAUUUAAAUCUACUAGAGUUUGAUUUACAUAAUUUUGGCUGACCUAAGCAAAUGUAUAUGUUAAAUAUAUCAUUUUUUUGGGUCAGGGCUAAUACAUUUAAUGAUUUUAUAGAGCUACCUGCAAGAACUGAGUGCUUAGUGAUAUUCAGCAGUUUAAAGUUUUAUUUUUUUUUUUUUUCUUUAAAAACUAUGAAACUAUAUUGCAAUACUCUUUGCAAUCUUAUAAAUGUCUUGCUUUUGCUUUUUAUCUGAUAAAACUUAUUUGUUUGGGAGGUAUGAAGAUCCCCUGGAUCUGGAUCUUCAUACAGCCUGUUUUAAAUAGUAAAGGCCCUUUUAUCAUUGAAAAUUUGGUAAUUUCUUUUAAGCAGAGAGCUUUAAAAGGAUGAUUGUAGCAGCAGUAAUACCCACUAUGUUCUUCUGUUAUGUUAAAAUAUUAUAUUGGUACUAGAUUCUUUUUUUCAUUUUCAGAAUGCAGAAGUUCAAGCUAAAAUUGAGCUGACAGUGGGGCUUUUUUGUAGUUUUCUGAUGACUUUCAAAACAUGUAUUAUUUCUGAAUUUAUUAAGAGUUGAUGGUGCUGAAGAGCAAAAGACUAUUUUCUGGAAAAAAAAUGCUGCAGCUGGAACAUUCAUAGAGAGCUCACUUAAUACUUAAGUUUUUCAUCAAGGGGAACAGGCUGCCCAGAGACGGUGUGGAUGCUCCAUCCUUGAAAGUUUUCAAGGCCAGGCUAGAUGGAGUUCUGAGCAACCUGGUCCAGUGGAGGGUGUCUCUACCCAUGGCAGAUGGAUUGGAAUGAGGUGAUCUUUAAGGUCCCUUCCAACUCAAAGCGUUCUAUGAUUAGAGUCAAAGCAAGGCACUAAGUGACUCACCUGCACUUCUCUCCAGGUAGCUUACUUUUGAAGGCAGUGCUCUGAUGUGGACAUACUCACAUCCACUGAUACAAACAGAACAGAAAAAGCUCAGAGCAUGCACAAAACCAUUAACAAAAGCUCGAGAAAGAAAAGUGCACUUGCCUUGUGCCACGUGAAUGGGUAGGAAUUCAGAGGGGAGUGUGCAAACUGGAUUUCAAAACUGCAAUGUUCAGUUUCGCAGGCUGACUCACUCAGGACCAUCAUCACAAAGAGAAGUCAAGCAAAGCUUUCAAAACCUUGGUAAACCUUUAAAAAACCUUAUGUGUGCCAAGCUGGAUUGUAUGAAUUGUCUGAAGCUAAAUUGUUGCUCCUAUAGGUUGUCAUGUACUCAGAUGCAGAUCGGCAAGACGUAAACCUCAUAAGCAAAAAAUAUACCUUAGUCACUUUGUCACUAGAAACAACCUUGUGAGCUACAGAGCUCUGGUUAUAAUCCUGUCUAGAAAACGUGUAUUUUGUGGAGAAAUUCUAUUGGAUGUGUCUAUUACUGUUGGUGUGGCUGUUUGUUUAGAUGGUCUUCAUAUUGCUUUACCAGUUUCUUGCUCAUGCUUCUUGAAUAUCAAUUUUGUGACUAUUAAAGAAAUUUUCGGUUAACACUGAAAUGUUGUGAGUGAAGUGCAUUUCACAGCCACUAUUCCUGAAGUAAGCCUGUGGAUUCAAAGUCUGCAAUUUUUCUGUCUUUUAAAAUGUAUUUUUAUUUGCAGUUCAUUGGGGAAAUUGUUUGGUUUUUUUAUCUAGAUUUUUUUUUGUGAGCCAUUAGCAAAACUUUGUUCAAUUUGUGGGUUUGCAUUUCAUUCCUAUAAUACGUGAAACUGGCAAAAAAUCCCUGACUGUGCUACAUGCUUCUUUAAAAAGCUGUUAUUAGAACAUAUGUGAAAAAAAAAAAAGACUAAAA